UUGUACUUCUUUCUGCACAAACAUGAAGACACUCCUCCUCAAACCAAUUUGAGGGAAGCACUACCUUUUUUUGCCUCCCUCCCAAGGAACAUCACUUUAUUCCUUUCUUUUCUGUCCAGUCUCCACUAAACAAAAGAAGCUCUGGACACUUUGCAACUCUCCAGAACCAUAAGGAGUGCCACAUCACAGUAAAUAUCUAUGCUUCGGGUUAUUAGCUGUGACUAGUUCAACAGUGACAGGAGAAGUGGAAGAGCCUUUACAAAGAAGGGCAGGAUUUCUCCAAACCUGCCAUAAUGGCGCUUAUAUGGCUGGCUAAAUUCAUGCUGGGAUAUACAGCAUUAUGGUAUGUGGAACAAGCUCAGGGUCAGCUGGAGCAAGGAGAUCUUCAAGUGGACAGGUUUGCAGGCCAAGAAGACAAACUUAUUCCCCAAAGAGUACGGAGGAGGGGACAAGACACUCUGAGAGGGCCUAAUGUUUGUGGAUCCAGAUUUCACUCAUACUGUUGCCCUGGCUGGAAAACAUUACCAGGAGGAAAUCAAUGCAUUGUUCCAAUCUGUCGAAACUCAUGUGGAGAUGGCUUUUGUUCACGACCUAACAUGUGUACAUGCUCUAAUGGACAGUUAUCUACAACUUGUGGGGCUGGCAUAGUUAUUAACUGUAAUGUUCGGUGCAUGAAUGGAGGAAGCUGUAAUGAAGAGUCUUGUAUUUGCCAGAAAGGAUACACUGGAACUCACUGUGGACAGCCUAUCUGUGAAAAUGGGUGUCAGAAUGGAGGACGUUGCAUUGGCCCUAAUAGAUGUGCUUGUGUCUACGGAUUUACUGGUCCUCAGUGUGAAAGAGAUUAUCGAACUGGGCCAUGCUUCACACAAAUCAGCAACCAGAUGUGCCAGGGCCAGCUUAGUGGUAUUGUUUGCACAAAGACUUUGUGCUGUGCUACCAUUGGUCGUGCCUGGGGUCAUCCAUGUGAAAUGUGUCCUUCUCAACCUCACCCUUGCCGCAGAGGAUUCAUACCCAAUAUCCGCACUGGAGCUUGCCAAGAUGUAGAUGAAUGUCAAGCCAUACCAGGUCUGUGCCAGGGAGGCAACUGUAUCAACACGGUGGGCUCCUAUGAAUGUAAAUGCCCAGCUGGACAUAAGCAGAGUGAGACAUCCCAAAAGUGUGAAGACAUUGAUGAAUGUAGCACAAUCCCUAAUGUAUGUGAUGGUGGGGAAUGUACUAACACAGCCGGAAGUUAUGUCUGUGUGUGUCCCAGAGGUUUCACUACAAGCCGUGAUGGGUCGCGUUGUAUUGAUCAGCGGGUUGGCUCGUGUUUCUCUGCUCUGAUAGGUGGCAGAUGUGCAGGAGAACUACCUGGUCAGUUUACCAAGGCUCAUUGCUGCUGUGAAUCUGGGCGCUGCUGGGCCAUUGGCCAAAUACCUGAAAUGUGUCCUGUAAGAGGGUCUGAUGCAUUUCGAAGACUUUGUUUUGAAGGAUUGCCCUUAGGCCCUGGCUUUGGACCUGAAGUCGGACCUGGUGACAUGCGGCCAGGAGAAACUGGAGGAAAUGGGCUUAGGCCAGUUCGCCCUGGACCUGGUGGACCGAAUGGACCUGAAGUUUUGCCUGGCUUGAGCAUUGGCAUUGGAACUGCAACUUUGAAUCAGACUGGAGAUAUCUGCAAAUUGUUCACUAAUCUGUGUCAGAAUGGACGCUGCAUCCCAACUCCAGCCAGCUAUCGAUGCGAAUGCAAUAUGGGAUAUAAACAAGAUAGUCGUUUGGAGUGUAUAGAUGUGGAUGAGUGUUCAAGUAGUCCAUGUGUCCAUGGUGAUUGUGUUAACACCCCUGGGUCCUAUCACUGUAGGUGUCAUGAAGGGUAUCAGAGCAACCCCACCAAACAGGCUUGUAUAGACAUUGAUGAGUGCAUUAUGAAUGGUGUUAUGUGCCGAAAUGGACGCUGUGUAAACACAGAGGGAAGUUUCCAAUGUAUUUGUAAUGCAGGCUUUGAAACUACUCCAGAUGGAAAGAACUGUGUUGAUCAUGAUGAAUGUGCUACUACAAACAUGUGUCUUAAUGGAAUGUGUAUCAACGAGGAUGGCAGUUUUAAAUGUAUCUGUAAACCAGGAUUUGUGCUGGCACCAAAUGGACGCUACUGUGUUGAUGUGGAUGAAUGCCAGACCCCAGGCAUCUGCAUGAACGGGCGCUGCAUCAAUACCGAAGGCUCUUUCCGCUGUGAAUGUCUUGGUGGCCUAACCAUCGGCAUAGAUGGAAGGGUCUGUGUUGAUACUCACAUGCGCAGCACUUGUUACGGUGUUAUCAAAAAGGGUACUUGUGCUAGUCCUUUUCCUGGAGCUGUCACAAAGUCUGAAUGUUGCUGUGCCAGUCCUGAUCAUGGAUUUGGUGAGCCCUGCCAACCUUGUCCAGCCAAAAACUCUGCUGAAUUCCAGGCUCUUUGUAGCAGUGGCAUUGGCAUCACAGCAGAUGGUAGAGAUAUUAAUGAAUGUGCCCUAAACUCUGAAAUCUGCCCCAAUGGUAUCUGUGAGAACCUGCGUGGCAGUUAUCGAUGUAUAUGCAAUCUGGGCUAUGAAUCAGAUGCUAGUGGAAAGAAUUGUGUGGAUGUUGAUGAGUGCGCUGUGAACCGCCUGCUCUGUGAUAAUGGCCUGUGCCGUAACACUCCUGGCAGUUACACCUGCACCUGUCCAAAAGGUUAUGUCUUCAAACUUGAGUCAGAGACCUGUGAAGAUAUCAAUGAGUGUGCCUCAAACCCCUGUGUUAAUGGUGUGUGCCGAAAUAAUGCAGGCUCAUUUGUCUGUGAGUGCUCAUUUGGAAGCAAACUGGAUCCAACAGGAACUAUUUGUGUGGACAGUAUGAAGGGAACAUGUUGGCUAAAUAUACAGGAUGGCCGCUGUGAGGUCAACAUUAAUGGGGCAACAUUGAAGUCAGAGUGUUGUGCAACCUUGGGAGCUGCCUGGGGUAGUCCCUGUGAGCGCUGUGAGAUUGAUCCAGCAUGCCCAAGAGGGUAUUCCAGGAAAAAGGGAGUUGCAUGUGAAGAUGUGAACGAGUGUGAGGUUUUCCCUGGAGUGUGUCCAAAUGGACGUUGUGUGAACACUGCUGGCUCUUUUAAAUGCGAAUGUCCUGAAGGUCUUACACUGGAUGGGUCUGGCAGAAACUGUGUGGAUGUUCGUGUGGAGCAGUGCUAUAUGAAAUGGGAUGAAGAUGAAUGUACAGGCCAACUGCCUGGUAAAUACCGGAUGGACAUGUGCUGUUGCUCUGUUGGAGGCGCCUGGGGCAUUGACUGUGAAGAAUGUCCCAAACUUGGCAGUGAUGAGUAUAAAACACUCUGCCCAAGAGGACCUGGUUUUGCAAAUAGAGGCGAUGUUCUCUCAGGCCGUCCCUUCUAUAAAGAUGUGAAUGAAUGUAAAGUGUUUAGUAGCCUCUGCAUUCAUGGAACAUGCAGGAACAGCAUUGGCAGCUUUAGAUGCAUCUGUGACAGCGGUUUUGCACUGGAUGCCGAGGAGAGGAAUUGUACAGAUAUUGAUGAAUGCAGAAUUUCCCCUGACUUGUGUGGACAUGGGACUUGUGUAAACACACCUGGGAGCUUUGAUUGUGAAUGUUUUGAUGGCUACGAGAGUGGGUUCAUGAUGAUGAAGAACUGCAUGGAUAUUGAUGAGUGCGAAAGGGACCCACUGCUCUGCAGAGGAGGGACUUGCAUUAAUACUGAUGGCAGCUUUGAAUGUAUUUGUCCACCUGGCCAUGAACUGACUUCUGAAGGAAAUUCCUGUGUAGAUAUAAACGAGUGCUCUUUAAGUGACAAUCUCUGUCGUAAUGGCCGUUGCGUCAAUAUGAUUGGAACUUACCAGUGUUCAUGUGACUCAGGCUUCCAGUCUACUCCCGAUAGGCAAGGUUGUGUGGACAUUGAUGAAUGUACCAUCAUGAAUGGAGGAUGUGAUACUCAUUGUACAAAUUCUGAAGGCAGUUACGAGUGCAGCUGCAGUGAAGGUUAUGCUUUGAUGCCGGACCAGAGAUCCUGUGCAGAUAUUGAUGAGUGUGAAGACAAUCCUGAUAUUUGUGAUGGAGGACAGUGUACCAACAUCCCUGGAGAAUACAGAUGCCUGUGCUUUGAUGGUUUCAUGGCCUCCCUAGACAUGAAAACCUGUAUAGAUGUUAAUGAAUGUGACCUCAACCCUAAUAUUUGCCUACAUGGAGACUGUGAGAAUACCAAAGGUUCUUUCAUUUGCCACUGCCAGCUAGGUUACUUUGUGAAGAAAGGAACCACAGGCUGCACAGAUAUAGAUGAAUGUGAAGUUGGAGCUCAUAACUGUGAUGUUCAUGCCUCAUGCCUUAAUGUUCCUGGAAGCUUCAAAUGCCAAUGUCAAACUGGUUGGGUUGGAGAUGGAUUAAAUUGCGUUGACCUUGAUGAAUGCACAACUGAAGACCACAAAUGUAAUGUAAAUGCUAAUUGUGUUAAUACCCCUGGAUCAUACCGCUGUGCUUGCAAUGAGGGAUUUAAUGGUGAUGGCUUCACUUGUUCCGAUGUUGAUGAGUGUGCAGACAAUGUGAACCUCUGUGAAAAUGGUCAUUGCUUGAAUGCUCCUGGAGGAUACAGAUGUGAAUGUGAGAUGGGAUUUACUCCUACUGAGGACAGUAAAGCAUGUCAAGAUAUUGAUGAGUGCACAUUCCAGAAUAUAUGUGUUUUUGGGACAUGCCAGAAUUUGCCUGGAAUGUUCCGUUGCAUCUGUGAUGAUGGUUAUGAGCUGGACAGAAGUGGAGGAAACUGCACUGAUGUAAAUGAAUGUGCUGACCCAGUGAACUGUAUCAAUGGGCUGUGUGUUAACACUCCAGGCAGUUAUCUGUGCAAUUGUCCACAAGACUUUGAGUUGAACCCUACUGGAGUUGGAUGUGUUGAUACCAGAGUUGGAAACUGCUUCUUGGAAACACAGCCCCGAGGUGAUGGAGGCUUAUCUUGCAGUGCUGAGAUUGGAGUGGGUGUCACACGAGCAUCCUGUUGCUGCUCUCUGGGCCGUGCUUGGGGCAACCCAUGUGAAUUCUGUCCUUUUGCCAACUCCACUGAAUACAAAACACUUUGUCCAGGAGGGGAGGGAUUCAGACCAAACCCAAUCACUGUUAUUUUGGAAGAUAUUGAUGAAUGCCAAGAACUUCCAGGUUUGUGCCAGGGAGGAAAUUGUGUGAACACCUUUGGGAGCUUCCAGUGUGAAUGCCCAGCUGGAUAUUACCUGAAUGAGGAAACUAGAAUCUGUGAAGAUAUUGAUGAGUGUUCUGCACAUAUUGGCAUUUGUGGUCCUGGCACCUGCUAUAACACCCUUGGCAAUUACACCUGUGUUUGCCCACCAGAGUAUAUGCAAGUCAAUGGAGGAAAUAAUUGCAUGGAUAUGAGAAAAAGCGUUUGCUAUCGCAACUAUAAUGAUACUUGCGAGAAUGAGCUGUCGUCCAAUAUGACCAAGAAAAUGUGCUGCUGUUCAUAUAACAUUGGCAAGGCUUGGAACAAGCCAUGUGAACCAUGCCCUUUACCCGCAACUCCUGAAUAUAUAUUUCUUUGUGGAAACCAGGCCCCUGGAUUCAUUAUUGAUAUCCGUACUGGCAAACCGAUGGAUAUUGAUGAAUGCAGUGAAAUUCCAGCAAUCUGCAGCAAUGGUGUUUGUAUAAACCAGAUUGGAAGCUUCCGCUGUGAAUGUCCAAUGGGCUUCAGCUAUAAUAAUAUCCUUCUUAUCUGUGAAGAUAUUGAUGAGUGCAGCAGUGGAGAAAAUCUAUGUCAGAGAAAUGCAGACUGCAUCAACAUUCCUGGGUCUUAUAGGUGUGAAUGCUCCAGUGGAUACAAAUUGUCCCCCAGUGGAGCCUGUGUGGGUCGCAAUGAGUGUCAGGAGAUUCCUAAUGUCUGCAGCCAUGGAACAUGUAUGGACACAGAAGGCAGCUACAUCUGUGUCUGUCACAAUGGGUUUAAAGCCAGUGGGGACCAAACUAUGUGUAUGGAUAUUGAUGAGUGUGAUCGUCAGCCAUGCGGAAAUGGAACUUGCAAGAACACAGUUGGUUCAUACAACUGCCUCUGUUUUCCAGGAUUUGAACUCACUCACAACAAUGACUGCAUGGAUAUUGACGAGUGCUUUUCUCUUGUGGGACAAGUCUGCCGCAAUGGUCAAUGCAUCAACAAUGUUGGUUCUUUCCAGUGUCUCUGUCAAGAAGGUUAUGAGAUCACUCCUGAUGGCAAGAACUGCAUGGAUAUUAAUGAGUGUACCAGUCUGCCAGGAACGUGCUCUCCUGGAACUUGCCAGAACCUGGAAGGCUCUUUUCGAUGCAUUUGCCCCCCUGGAUUUGAAGUACAAAAUGACAAUUGUAUAGAUAUCAAUGAAUGUGAUGAGGAGCCUAACAUAUGCUUAUUUGGGACAUGUACAAAUACACCUGGUAGUUUCCAGUGUGUCUGCCCUCCUGGGUUUGUUCUAUCUGAUAAUGGACGUCGAUGCUUUGACACCCGCCAGAGUUUCUGUUUCACUCGAUUCGAUAAUGGAAAAUGCUCUGUCCCAAAAGCUUUCAACACAACAAAAGCACGGUGCUGUUGCAGCAAGAUGCCUGGAGAGGGUUGGGGUGACCCUUGUGAAUUGUGCCCACAAGAAGGAAGUGUUGCCUUUCAGGAACUUUGUCCUUAUGGUCAUGGCUCCAUUCCUGGCAUGGGUGACACCAGAGAAGAUGUGAAUGAAUGUUCUGAGAGCCCAGGAAUCUGUGUCAAUGGAAUCUGUAUUAAUACUGAUGGCUCCUUCCGAUGCGAAUGUCCGUUUGGAUAUAAUCUGGAUUACACAGGAGUUAAUUGUGUUGAUACUGAUGAAUGCUCUAUUGGAAACCCAUGUGGCAAUGGAACCUGUUCAAAUGUUGUUGGGGGCUUUGAGUGUGCUUGUGAUGAAGGUUUUGAACCCGGGCCCAUGAUGACUUGUGAAGACAUUAAUGAGUGUACAAACCCACUUCUGUGUGCUUUCCGCUGUGUAAAUACAUAUGGCUCAUAUGAAUGUACAUGUCCAUCUGGAUAUACCCUGCGAGAGGACCGUAGGAUGUGCAAAGAUCUGGAUGAGUGUUCCGAAGGACUGCAUGACUGUGAAUCACGUGGAAUGAUGUGCAAAAAUCUUAUUGGUACUUUUAUGUGCAUCUGCCCACCUGGCAUGCAACGUCGACAAGAUGGAGAGGGAUGUAUGGAUGAAAAUGAGUGCCGUACCAAGCCAGGUAUUUGUGCAAAUGGCCGUUGUGUAAAUACCAUCGGCAGCUACAAGUGUGACUGUAAUGAAGGUUUUCAAGUCAGCAGUUCUGGGACAGAGUGUGCUGAUACUCGUAAAGGAUUCUGUUUCACUGAAGUUCUCCAAAUCAUGUGCCAACUCUCCUCCACCAACCGUAACAUGGUCACUAAAUCUGAAUGCUGCUGUAAUAGUGGACGAGGAUGGGGCAAUCAAUGUGAAAUAUGCCCCCUGCCUGGGACUGGAGCCUACAAAAAGAUGUGCCCACAUGGACCUGGUUUCACCACUGAUGGAAGAGACAUUGAUGAGUGCAAAGUUCUGCCAAAUGUGUGCAAGAAUGGCCAGUGUAUCAACACCAUUGGGUCUUUCCGCUGUCACUGCAAACUGGGCUAUACCACCGACCUUACUGGGACCACCUGUGUGGAUCUGGAUGAAUGUGCCCAGUCCCCCAAGCCAUGCAAUUUCAUCUGCAAGAACACUGAAGGAAGUUAUCAGUGCUCCUGCCCCAGAGGCUACAUUCUGCAAGAAGAUGGAAAAACCUGCAAAGACCUUGAUGAAUGCUCAACCAAACAGCACAAUUGUCAGUUCUUGUGUGUAAAUACCAUUGGGAGCUUCACCUGCAAGUGUCCACCUGGCUUUAUUCAGCACCAGUCCUCUUGUAUUGAUAACAAUGAAUGCAAUGCUCAACCCAACCUGUGUGGUUCACGUGGAAUCUGCCAGAAUAACCCAGGUAGCUUUACUUGUGAAUGUCAGAAAGGAUUCUCUUUAGACAGCAGUGGCAGCAACUGUGAAGAUGUCGAUGAAUGUGAUGGAAACCACCGAUGUCAACAUGGCUGCCAAAAUGUCCUUGGGGGUUUUCGAUGUGGGUGCCCACAGGGCUAUGUUCAACACUACCAAUGGAAUCAGUGUGUAGAUGAGAAUGAAUGUGCUUCCCAGUCUACCUGUGGGUCUGCCUCCUGCUAUAACACACUGGGAAGCUUUAAGUGUGUCUGCCCAUCUGGGUUUGAUUUUGACCAGUCAUUUGGUGGCUGCCAGGAUGUUGAUGAGUGCUCCUCUGGAGGAGGAAAUCCUUGCAGUUAUGGCUGCUCCAACACAGAUGGCGGUUACCUGUGUGGCUGCCCAGGGGGUUACUUUCGAGCCGGACAAGGGCACUGUGUCUCAGGAAUGGGAUUUGGGAAGGGCUCUUACCUACAAGCUCCACUUGAAGAAGAUGAAGAAAAUGUCUUGUCUCCAGAAACCUGCUAUGAAUGCAAGAUCAAUGGGUACCCCAAGAGAGGAAGGCAGAGACGAAAUGCAGAUGACAUUAAUGGAAAUGAGAUCCAGAAUGUUAGCCUUGCUAGUGUUGACAUAGAUGCUCCACUUAAUUUGACCCUAAACAUCUCAGAUCUUGCCAACAAGCAGCAUAUCUUGGAGUUCAUUCCAGCCCUGGAAUCACUAGAGAACCGCGUACGCUACAUAAUCUCCCAUGGUAACGAGGGUGGCAUUUUCCGCAUACAUCAAAAAGAUGGUAUUAGCUAUCUACAUUUAGGCCAUAAGAAAGUUUCCAUGGGCAUAUACAACCUGGAGAUUGCCAGCAUACCAUUAUACAGAAAGAAGGAACUUCAGAAACUGGAGGACGAGAAGGACCACAACUACCUCAGUGGAGAAGUAGGCCAGACACUCAAGAUGAAACUUCAUAUACAUCUUUAUUGAGAUCAAAAAUUAACAUUCCUUAUACGGAAUUGUACACUUCUAGGAAAAAUCUUCUUCUGUCUUAUGUUCAAAUAGCAAGCUUUUGUGUCAGAAACCUCAGCACUAAAGCAUAAGAUUGAUGGGAAAUGUGGAAUAUGGGUCCAGUGAAAUAUGGGUCCUGCAGUGACCAAUGCAUUUUAAGGUUACUUGUCAUAUUUUUUUUAAUAUAAAAUUGGUGAAUAAAAUUAUGAAAAAUUGAAGGAAAAAUUAAGAUACAUUGAGUUUAAGGUAGAUGCCAGACAAUAUACAAAUAACAGAUGGAUGUAAUGUGGGGUAAGAAGGAAGUUGCAGCUAUAUACAGUGCCUUAAUAGUACAAUGGUUCUCUUAACAUAUAGUCAUUUUGGGCAAAAUUUAUUUGAACCUAGUAAUAGAAGUAUUUAAAUAUAUUUUGACCGAUUCCCUUGAAAACCUCCUGAACUGUGUAUUUUUUUAAACAAUACAUCUACUCAAAUUAAUUUAAAAUUCAUACUGUAAUAAAUGAAAUGCAUUUAGUUCUGUAAUUGCUAGUUCAUUGUUCCAUUUUGCUGGUGGAAGCAAUAUUGCUCAGAAGGAUUUUAACUUCUAAGGAUAUAGCGUUCCAAAGCAGGAAAAAGACAGUUUACACACUACAUGGCAGAAUUACAGCAAAAAUUGGUGUCUUAUUUUUUAGAUAUUUAUUAAUUUAAGAUAAAGCUUAAAUGCGGCAGAUUAAUAUGUGGAUUUGGGAUGUAAACCUUGUCUCAAAAAUGUGCAUAUUCUGCAGGUGAGAUUUUUGGGAAGAAUAUGAUUCAAUAUGGUGCCAAAAUCCCCACCUUUGGUAGAUUUUUAAGGAAGGUGAACCAAAGGCCUAACUUACAUAAUGAUGCUGAUUAUUAUUUUCUUUUCUUUUAAUUAAAUAUUUUAUGCUACUCAUUCAGCACAGGAUAGUUCAGAAAGGGGAAACACCUUCAUUUUAUAGUACAGAAUAGUAUAUAAACCUUUUCAAAACUAACAAUACCUAAAACUGAGUUCUGUGUAUUGUUGAGUCACCCUAAUUUGGAAAAAUGUUUGCCAGUUAAGCACAACAUAAUAAAUAAGGCUAUCUUAUCGCUUUAUAUUCUAUAAAUGUAUUUUAGAAAUUUGAUAAGUUUGCAUUACCAGACAGCAUGUAAUGCACAGAUUGUUUUCUGAAGCAGAUUAGAAAAAAUAUCUAGACUGGAUAAAGGGAACAACUGCAAAUCUCUUCCGGUUAUUUUCAAUUCAAGCACUUGACUUAUGGCUCCUGGAAGCAGUGUCUGUGGUCACAAUUAGUACUCAAGUAAUUCAUAAGCAAAUUUCAAAAGGCAAAUGAUCACCAGAGGCUAUCCUUCUUUCAAUUCCAUUUAUUCCCUAAAGAAGAGUAAACAUUUAAUAUUCAUAUUUUUUUUAACAAAAUUAGUCACAAUAAGUAAUUUCAAGCUUUAUUUAAAAUGUAAUGUAUUCAUCAAUGCAGAUAUUUAAAGGCUCCCAAAAUACAGAACAAUCUCAAGUGUGUGAGCUGGGGGUGGGAAACAUAAUGGUUAAUUGCCAAGUAAUUUUUAAUGCAAAAAUGUUUGUUCUAAAACUAUUUUGGUUUUCAGGGUAAUGUCCUUAAUUAUUCCUUUGCUAAAGAUGUUUUAACAUGUAGUAUUUGCCCAAAUGCAACGAAGGAUCAGUAGGUAAUGGAAAAAAUAUUCGCAAUACGAAAAGUUAUGCCUUUGUGCAACCAAAUUUUCCUUUGUGCAAAUUUAAAAUAGCUUUUGCAAACCCAGAAACAGUUUAGACACCACUUCCGACAGUGGAAGAAGGUUUGCGAAUUUUAUAGUUUGCGCCAGUGCACAGUGAAUGUAAUAAAACCUCUUACUGAAAAAGUUGUGUUUGCUCCAAAAAAUUAUGACUGCUUCAAGCGCUUCUUAAAAGUGGGCAAUGCGCAAUUAAAAUUUGCAAUAUGAAAUUAAAAUUUGCAAUGCAAUAACAGUCUAAGUAAGAGUAUAACAUUACGAAAUCCAAAUGUCUUAUUUGUGCAAAUUAAAAAAAAUAACUUUACAACACAAAUUUAUGUAUGGGAUCAAAUGCUUUAUAAAGGUUUGUGUGUAUAGGAAUUCUGUAUAAACCCUUCCCAUCAGCCAAGGGAACAACAUCAAGUAAACAGUCAUUGUCCAAUAAUUCUCAUCCUAUAGCAGCUGCUCAAACUGCUUCCUGCAGUGUGCAAAUUUUGAAAAAGAAAAGAAUGGUGCUACUUUACACUAUAGUAUUAUACAUACACAGUACUACCUGACACAAUGCUGUAUCCAUCCCACGGUGCUUCCAUCACCCAUCCAGUGCUUGAAACGGCUUGGUUACUGCACUGUACAUUUUAUUUUUUUGUUUUGUUUUGGGUUUUUUAUAUUUAUGUAUAACCACAAAUGUUAAUUGUUGCUAUUUUUUGUAAGUUCAUACUCCUGUAGUAUAUAUAUUUUUAUUUGGUACAUGUUGUUGAUUUUUUUAAUUAUUUUUUAAAUUGUAAUUCCAAAGGGCAGCCACUUGCUGACAUAUGUGUGAAUACUGUAAUUCUUGCCGAAAAUCAAACUUGAAAAACAAAAUUUUAGUUCUCAAAAUGAAAUAUUGAAGAAAUGAACCUCUUACUAAAAGGUGCUACACAUAUAAUAUCUGUUUUCAAUACAUUUAUUUUCAGUCUUGUGUUGAGCCACUUAUGUUAUUUCUGGAAAUACUGCAUUUGAUUUUGUUCCAGUGUGUAUACAAAACAAUAACACGCAAAGUGUGCUGUAUUUUUCUGUGUUCUGCUUGUUAUUGGGCACAAAAGUUGUAACGUUUGUACAACUUAACUUUUUUUUGUAUCAGAAGCAACAGCAACAAUAAAAUUAUUUUGGGUAAAAAUAA